AUGCCACGUCCUCCUAUAGCUGAUCUCCCCGUGGAUUGGCCACCGCCAGCCACGCCUCUCGACCUCGCCCACACCCCACUUGACCCAGGCCUAGUGACGCCCAUGGAUGAUCUCGAUCCCCAGGCGCAGCAGCACCACGACCACCAUGGUGGCUACGCUUGGGGAGCUUGGUUUGAGGCUGACAAUGAUCACGACCUCAACACCAUGCCAAGCCAUAGCCAGCACCUUAGCUACACAGAGUCACCCUUUGUGUCAAAUAAUCCGACACAGCAUCCGCCGCCGUACUUCACCCAGCCCAUAGACAAUAGCGUGCAAUACUCGAUGCUGCAAAGCCCGUCGGCAGAUCCGGCCUAUAGUCCAGGAACCAUCGACCCGUCAAGUACCACGAACAUGUCCACCUCUACAGAUACGAGUACCGAAUCCCUGAUUGGGCGGAGGCCUCGUACGCAACGCGAGCGCAACCGCCUGGCCGCGCACAAGUGCAGGCAAAAGUCGAAGCUGAAUGCGGAGGAACUGCAAAAGCAGGAACGAGAACUCGCGGAGCAGCAUCGAUGUUUGACACAGCAUGUCCAAUUUCUCCGAAACGAGGUCCUCGAUCUAAAGAACGAAAUCCUUCGCCAUGGAACCUGCAACUGCGAGCUGAUCGGCGAGUAUAUCGCCAGGGCCGCGCAGAGCCUUCCGUAG